CCGACGACAUUCAGCACUCAUCAAAAUCCGAAGAGGCAAACCCGAAACACGGCCUUCCCUUUUUUCUUCUUCUUCAACGUCCUUUCCUUGUAGCUUCUUCAACGAAGAAUAAUUUGGCCGAGGAUUGGCUUCGAGAGUGCUUUUCACAGAAAGGAGAAAUCUGAGAAUCGAAGCUCAUGUGCACUAAAUUGCUUGCAAAGUUGGAGAUCCAAGUGCUUAUCAACCAUGAGUCAGUAUUCCUCAAAGAAACAAAACUCAUAGUGCUAAAAGUUCAGGCCUUGAUGGUGCUAAAGGAGAGAAAAAGAGUCUCAACAACAGCGGAAUGAUGACCCUCAGCUUCAAGAAUUUCUUGAAGUUAUGCAGCCAAGGGUUAAGUAAAACACGUGGGCAAAUGACAGGAUAAUUUCACCUUCAGCAAAACAAAUGAGCAAAGUUACUGAGAAGGAAACGGUGGGAAAGAAGGCAAAAAGAAGUCUGUUCCAGAGGAUGUUGAGCUAAAUUAAAGCCAACGUAACAUUGAAGAGUAAUGCAUCUAAAAAAUCACUGAAUCUUGCUCAUGAUGAUGUCAUUUCAGACAUGGAGUAUUUCAAAAGCAGAGUGAAGAAAGAUUGGUCAGACUCAGAAAGUGAUGAUGAUGUUAGUAGUAGUGAGCAGAAAUUGAUACUGAGAAUGAGGAUGCUCGUGGAAAAAGUGAUGAUGAAGGUGAUUCUCUUGAGGAAAGUCUCCAGGGACAGGAUUUUGAUAAAGAUCAUAAAGGAAGAAACAUGAUUGCCUCUCAGAGGAUGUAGCUGAAGCAGAGGCUGAAGAAGGUCCUUCAGAAGAUGGUUACAGCAAAAUUCUUGACCCAGGGAACCCAUAAUCAACUUUGAAAGAUAAUAAUGAUGAGCUGGAAGAGCUCUUCAGCAAAUUUGGCAAUGUCUCACAGGUCCAUCAAGUUGUUGAUAGCGAUAUAAAAUGAUCCAAGGGAAUUGCUUACGUCCUUUACACUGUUCCAGAAUCCGCAGCGAGUUGUAUUCCAAGGCACAAACCUCUUCGGUUUCUCCAUCAGAAUCAUUUUCCAUAUCCUAUCUGUAAAAUUUCACAUGCAAGAUGAAUGAAAGUCAAAAAAGUGUCUUCUGCACUAUUCUGUCACCAAAUGGAUAUGGAUUUAGUCUUCUUUUAUGGAGAAUUUUGGGGUUCCUUAGAAAUGUUUCAGUUCUUUUGUGAAGAAAGGGAUGCUCCAUUAUACUUGGAGUGGGCUCCUGGUGAUAUUCUUAGUCAGAAGUCCACUUCAGACUAUGGAAGCUGUUGGAGAACGUGAUGCCAGAAGGGCAAUUCUGGAGCAACGUGUGGGACAGCGGGAGGAAAUUUUUGAAUAUGGAUACUGAUCCUGAUAGAGUUGAGGUACCAAAACAUAAUAACCCUUAAAAUCAUUAAAUAUGCAACAUACAUGUAUCACGAUAUUAGUGGUCUACAGUAAACUUAGGUUAGCUGAAAGGAACUCUAUAUCAUCUCAGGUACAAUAACCUGCAUAUUUUCCUUUAUUUUUGGCAUCAAUAUAAUUAAAUAUGCAAAAACCUAAUCAAUGGCUGGGCAUGUCUAUUUAUGGAAAGUCCCUAACACAUGCUACUUGAUUCUUGAGAUACCUUGUUUUUUUUAAAACAAGCAUGUUUACUCUGAAUAUACUUGUUAACCUGGUUCAAUCUUCGAUAUAGUCAUGUCUAUACUUAUUGCCCACUAGUGAGAUAUUUAUAAAUACGAGCAUAUGUAGAUAUGUUACUUGCGAAAUCGGUUCAUUUUUGUUUUAUUUGUUAUCCUAUUAGUGGGAUCGUACACUAAUAAUCUUAUGCCUACUAGUGGAAGGUCUAUAAAUGUUGGCCAUGACUUGGAGAGGAGACAUCUAUUUCACUAUCUGUACUUGUGCCUAAUUUAUGUGAUCUUGGUUGGCAUGCUUAAAUAAAAAUAAAAGGGGAAUCGAAUAUUCACUUACUAGAAUUAUAUCUCUUUUUUUUUUUUUUUCCUUGUCUACUAUUUCAGGUAAUAAUGCUAGAGACAUUGGGGAUCUAAGUGUGUGAUGGUUUCUUAUUAGAUUUGUAUCUACUCUACUCCAAGGUUGAAGGCGUGGGUUUGGGAUGUGAUGGAACCAAUCGAGUUAGGUGAGACUUAAACUCUCAAUCACCUUGAAAGAAAGCACCUAAGAUCUAGAUAGCUGAGCUAUCUAGAUGGAACCUAGGUAAUGUUUGAUGAACUUGAGUCCUUUACCUAAGAUUGGAACUUGAUGACUAAGGAUAAUAGUAAUGAGAUACAUGUUAAACUCGUCAUAAGUCAAGAUAAACAUGCACUCAAAUGAGGGACACAUUUGUGUUGGCUCUAUUGAGGUACUAUUAUCCUUCAAUGGGUGGGCCAUGUUUGAUAUGACUUGACGAGUCUGAUUCCAACAUAUGUAUAAACCUAACAAGUUUCUGGGCCAUGUUUGAUCUGACUUAACGAGUCUGAUCCCAACAUAUGUAUAAACCUAACAAGUUUUUGUCGGCUAAUUAGAUGUCACCCUACCAAUAUAAUAGCUGAUUAACACUAGAAAUCAUACCCUUUGAUGUGGUAACUUGAGUUACCCUUUAUUUUUGUGCUGGCCCCCAUUUUUCCUUUUAGGAGUUAGUAACAAUAGUUUUCUGGCUAUUUGUUGUUUAUUUUAGUUUUGUAGCUAGAUUUUAAUCUGAACAAUUACCCAAAAAAGAGGAGUACAUAAUUAAUGCUUAUUUGCACUGAGUGAGCAAGUAAGUUGCCCAUCAUUGCUGUUAGUUACAGUUACAGGCAAACAAAAAAACCAAGGGAAAUUAGAGCAAAAGAAGGCUUAGGUAAGUCUAUU